GUAUGUCUCUGGUGAAUACUCUUUAAAUUUAUGAAUUUUGCCGUACAUUUGCUUCUCAAUUGAAUUUACGAACUCGUUAUACUGUAGAACAAUUGAAUGAAAGUUUUGUAAAUAGUUAAUUUAAUGAGAUUUAUAGGAGUCUAAUGAUAAUUCAACUUUAGCUUUUCAAAUAGUAAUAGGAUUGAUGGAUAAAUUUUGUUUAGCUUAUUUAGUGUAGGCUACAACAUAAACUAAUUCAGCUUUUCUUAAUGUAAUUGGAUAAAUCAAAAAGUAUAUUAAAUUACUAUUUUAGUUAAUUUAUUCGUCGAUCAAUUUUAAUGAACAUUUGGCCUACAAUAUUUACAUUAAUAACACGGAUUUAUAGAAUUAGAGCUUAUAUAAAGGAUGAAAUAGAAUUAGAAUACUAAUAAUUUAAAGAGCAUUUAUAGUAAGAACAAUUUAAAAAUUGGCUCGCUUUAGAUAAAUAAAAACUGAUUUUAUUUAUGAUAGAUACUAUCUUUUAUGAAUCUGAAUUUUUAGUUUAGGAGAUUGAUCAAAGAAUAAAGAUUUAAGAAAUAUUAUCAAAUAAUGAUUGGAGAAAAGAGUUAGCUAAGAAGGAAACAGAAUUAAAGAAACUAUAAUAAUCUGUUGGGAAAGUAGCUAAGAAGAAAUAAAAAGAAUAAGUUAAAACACUUUAAAUAAUAGCAGGAUUAGAAGAAGAAAUAAAUUUGUAUACAAAGGCAUCAACUGUUACUAAUAAAUAAUUAUUUUAUAAUUAAGCUAUAGAGAAGAUCUCUAAUAAUCUAUAUGUAAAUAAAUGAAUAGAUAAUUAAUUAAUUAGGUUUUUUAAGAAGAAAAAAGGUGUGUAUAUAAAGAAAAUAAUGAAGAAGAUUGGGGUGUAAUAAAGGGAGCAGAAAUGAUAGAAGUGAUAGGACAAUAAGAAAUUAAAUGUUUAUAAAUGAAAAAUUUAGUGAAUGAAGGAUAUUUUUGUUUAGAAGAAUGUAAAUUAGAUCCAAUAGCCCUUGAUAAUACUUAUGGAAUUGAAUAAAUUAGUCAAGAUUCUAUGACAAUUGAAUUAUUCUAAAAAUGUGAUAUAGAUACAGUAAGAUAAAUACUUUUGGCUUUGGAAAAGGAUUACUCUGAAUAUGAGUUAAAUUAUUGGAAAAGUUGUUGGACAUCUGCUGAAAAAAGAAAAAUUUGGUAAGAAAAAGUUUAAAAUGCUGAGAUGAUUGAACUAACUGAAAUUUUGAGUAAAAUUCCACAUUAGUUAUCUUGGGUUAAUAAAAAACACGGAUAAACUGAUAGUUAAGCUAAGUAUAAAUCUAGUAGAUGUAAUAAUAUAAAUAUUUUUAGUAUAUUGGUUCUAUUAAAAUAAAUUAUAUUCUAUGCCAUAUCAAUAAUUGAGUAAGUAAGAACCAUCUUUACAUUCAAUGUACUUAUUGGCUAUUACACUUUAUGAUAAAUUGAAGAGUUAUAUUCAUAGAAAAAUGAGAACGAUGGAUAUCACUUAAAUUUAAUAGUAAUAAUAAUAACAAUCAGAUCUGGAGUCAACUAAUGAUGAUGACUUUUAAGAACUUAAAUGA